AUGUUGCCCGACUCGGCCCACUCGCUGUACUGGCCUCCGCACGUCGCCCGCUACAACAUGGACGCCCUCGUCUUCCUGUCCUCGGGCUGGCUGAAGACGGCCUGCGUGCUGCUCGCCCUGUUCUGGGUGGCGUUCCGCGCCUACCGCGUGCUUUCCAAGCCCGUCGAGGAGCUCAUCAACCUGCUCGGCCUCGAGGUCCCCGUUGCGCCCCUCGUUUCGCUUGCCGGCAUCAAGGCAGACGGCGUGCUGCUGCACUGGAAACCCCCCGACCAGCGCGCCUCGGUUGUGAAAUAUGUCAUACGCAUCAAUGGCAUCGAUAUCGGCGAUGUCUCGCCCCAGGAAACCUCCGUCACCAUCGAAAACCUACAGCCAGACCACCACUAUGUCAUUCGCAUCGUCACCCUGAAUACCGCCAAUUUCCAGGCUCCCAGCGUCCCAAUCCGCCUGCGCACCCUCCCAGCAGAGUCCGACCAGUUUUAUGGUACCGCGCCGCACAAGGACAUCCGCGAUGGUGCCCAGGGAGACGACUACAAUCCGACGCCCAUCAUCCGACCGAACAAGAACCUGGUCGAUUUCAUGGCUCCGUCCGUCACCGCCCCCGCCAUGACGCGCGAGCACAGCAACAGUGUAUCUCGACACCGACGCUCUGAACCGGGAAGGCGCAACUCGCCGGCAUCGGGGACGGCAGAGCAGGCACGCGCUGCCCAAGAGGCCGCCGACUCGCAGGAGACCAUCAAGCAGUUGACCGAGAAACUCGACGGCCUGAGGCGAGAAUUGGAGGACAUGGAAAAGCAGAUCCAGGAAGAAGAGCAGGAAUUCGUAACGCAAAAAGCCUUGUUGGUUGAGAAGCGGGAUGAGAAGAAGGCGUCGCUCAAGGAAAAGGAGGAUGCGAGCCGCGAUCUGAGGAAGGAAGUAGCCACCUUGGAACGUGCGAACGCCUCGGCUCAAGCCAAACGAUCCAACCAGGAGCGCUUGCUGCAAAAGAAGGAAGCGGAAAGGAAAAAGCUCAAGGACGACAUGGCCAAAUGGGAACGCGAGGCUGGAGAGCUCCGGGAUGCUGCCAAAAGGAUGCAACAAGAGCGGACUGAGUACGAGGCCCAGUCGGAAAAUCGUAUCAAAGAGCUGAAAGGGAAACACGAGGAAGAGCUGCAGACAAACAAGAGUCUUGAGGAGGUCAUCCGAGAGAAAGGAACACAGAUCAAGACUCUGGAAGAGGAGAGAAAACUUCUGGAAGAAGGCGAGGACGUGGGUGAUGCCCAGGACGGUGCCGAGACAGAAGCUGAGGACCGGAGGUGGAUGGAGCUUUACAGCAGCCUCCAGCAACGCUACGCGGAAGCCUGGCAACAAUUCAACGAAGCUGAGCAUAUCAACAAGGAGGCCUCCGCCCGGCUAGCCUACCUACAGCAGCGCCGCAUGAGCCAGCCGCAGGUCAUGUCCGUUACCGCCCCUGAGUUUGUACCGGCCAGGAGAAACAGUGGAGUACGCUCGCGACCACUCAGUAUGCGCGAACCGUUGACCUCCGCCAAUCUCGGAGGGUUCAUUCCUUCCACUGCAGCACCGUUCAAUAGCGGCAUUGCUAGCACCUCUCCUCAGUAUUCGAACCCAACGCCAUACUUCAAUCCUGUAAACGGCAUGGCACUUCCCCCGCCCAGCGCUCAUGCUUCUUCUUUCUCUCAAGCGGACAUUGAGAGUUUGACCGGUGGAGCACCCAUGAGUCCCACCGCAGGAGCACUGCUGCCGUCGGGCCUGUUUGGUGAUGGUAUGACUGACGAUGGAAUGACCGAUGAAGAUGACCCGGGGCCUCCGCUUCCUUCAUUGGACCCCUCGCCGAACCUGCGCCACGUUCUACCUGGUUUAGGAGCACCAGGCACUUCAGAGCAGAUACAAAGUCCCAGUUCACCAGUGUCUGUGCAAAGCCGUUCUCCUUUUGCCAGCCCCCGCGAAAGUGCCGGCCAACUAGGCUUCUUUCCCAGCAACGAAAACGCCUUGGACAGCGAUAGACGGUCGAUCCGCUCCACGUCGAGCUCGUUCAAGAACCCUCCUACCACGCGAUUUGGCAGCCUGUUCGGCUUGCAUAGACAACGGGGUAAGACACUUGAUCAGGGACCGCCUCUUGGUUCCCUGAAGGCGUCGCAGAGCCAAUCUCUUCCUCGACAGGAGCAUGAGGACCUGGAUCCGAUCGGCACGCGACGGCGACGAGGAAGCCACUCCGGAGGCGCUUGGUACAACGCAUUCAUACCUAGCAAAGCACAGCCUGAAGAGUCUUCGAGUAACCCGAAACACGUGGCCACGCGAAAGCGGGCAUUCAACAUGUUUGGCACGAAGGGUGACCCUUGGCUGACCUCUGCAUUGGGAUCUGAGAGGCCAUCUUCACCCCGCCAGGGUUCAACUAAAUCCAACGAAGCCAACGUCUUGCCGAGACCUAGUACGGAAAGCCAGACACGUUUCGGUUGGUCCGUGGAAGGUUUCAAUGCUCGAAGUAGCCCGCUCGGCGUGGAUUGGAGCGUCAAUAACACCAAUACUUCCUCCUGGUCGCGUAUGCCUUCCCGUCGUCCUUCCAUCCAACACGGCUCGACGGUGAGCUUGUUGAACGACGAAUUGCUUCAGGGCGAUAUGGCCGACUUCCCUUCCACUACACGCUCUCCCACGCAAGCACCUAUCGGCACAAGGCCGCAAUCAUCGGCCUCGCAUAUGGCGCCUCUGGUGCCUCCAACGCCGCCCAAGCAGCUCAAUCCGGAUGCUCCAACCUUCACAUUUGCUUUCGGGAGCAGGGAGGAUAAGGAAGCAAAAGCUCAAAAGGCUGCCGAGAAGGCUGAGAGGGCAGCGGAAAAGGAGGCAAAGAGAGCGGAGAGGAAAGAAGAGAAAAAGGCCGCCAAAGCGGAAAAGUCGUCUCGCAAGCAGUCUACCAUCCCCGAAGUCGCAGUUUCAGAGCAGUCAGGUUCGCCUGUCGCCGCACGCUUCUCGAGAGACAACUACUCUCUGUCAACUGCAGACUAUUCGGAGUCUUCUCCGCGCGAGUCUCUCGACCAAUACGGCUCCCAGACUACCUCGGAACCACAGCCGCCCUCUUCCCUCGGAAAGGAGUCUCUCAUGCAGAAGCUAACGAGGAAGAGCAGCUCGAGCCAGUUCCUACAGUUUGGAAAGGGCCAAAGGUCGCUGUUCUCGAAGAAGUCCAGCGAGGCGGUUACACCCGACGAGACGGAGGAAGACGGCGGACUCUCAGUCAGGACUACAGAUAGCCCUGGAGCCAGUCCUAGUAUUGGCACGCCAAAGGAUAAGAGUAUUGCACUAAGCUGGAGCUCUAUCAAGCGAAUCGGCAAGCGGGGUGAUAAGACGCCCAGCUUGCAUGAAAGCGUUGCGAGUGAGACUACGGGAGAUGAGGACGAGGAAGCUGAGGGAUUGGGUGUUGCGAUUCAGUGA